AUGCUGUCCGAACUGUUUCACGGCUUAACUAUUCCUUAUUAUAAUUAUUUGUCGUAUGCCAUUGCUUUGAUUCUACUGCUGUUCGUUUGUCCUGAAGCAACAUGCAAGCCAGCUGAUGGCUUGAUCUCAAUGAGAUUGUCAGAAGAUCGUCGAGUGCAUAAGCUGACACUCUCAGAAAUCUGGGAAAACCGUAAUCUGACCGGAUACCAUGUGUAUCCAAUGCAUGGAAGUACUGUUUAUCCAGAAUACAUAGCUAUUCCUCGACCGGAAGGUUCAGCUAGCUAUCUACAUCUUCGCCAAGAUGAUGUUGAUAGGCUUAGUCAAUUGAUGAAUCCAGAAUCUGUAUUAUCCUAUACUUAUCUGGAUGAAGAAGUUUAUAUUUUGAAUACUCAAGCUACAUCAGGAGACUAUGUGGUGAAAAUGGGAAUGAAUCUUGAUGAAUUGCAUACAGAAGCUGACAAGAUGACGGCCAUACGAGCUGACCCUAUAUUCAUAUCAGCUGAUCGUACAGGACAAAAGUUCAGGUAA